AUGGAAGCUGCCAUUCGCGAUGCCCCAUUUGGGCAGCUUGUUCGUCUUUUGACGAAGAACAAAUACUUCAAGUACCCCGAAGAAAAGCCCGACUUCCAGCUUCCCGAGCCAUGGCUCGAAAUGCUGAACAAUACCCAAGAUGGACAACACGCAAGCGAGAAGGGGACGACCUCGCAAGAUUCCAACCGAAGCAGUGAGCCUCUAAGUCGCGCCUCCACCCGCCGAGCAUCUGCAGAAUCACCGCAAGCUCGCCCCGAGACAGAGGAACCUACAGAAUCGACCGAAGCUCGCUCCGAGGCAGAGGAAUCUACAGGAUCGACAGAAGCUACCCCAGUGGCAGAAGAACAACUCGACAUUGAGAGAACUAAGUCCAUCCCCAUUUGCCCUAAGAAAACAAAAGACGGCUCCAUUCUCGUGGAUUGGUACUAUACCGACGAUUCAGAGAACCCGCACAACUGGACCAAUCGCAAGCGUGCCCUUGUCGUUACCAUCAUAUGUCUGUAUACCUUUGUCGUAUAUACAACCUCUGCAAUCUAUACAUCUUCCACCGAAGGUGUGAUGAGAGAGUUUGGCGUGAGCACUCUGGUAGCCACAUUGGGUCUAUCUCUCUACGUUCUCGGAUAUGGCAUCGGACCCUUGCUCUUCUCUCCACUCAGUGAGAUCCCAGUGAUUGGACGCAACCCAGUCUACAUCGUCACAAUGUUCCUGUUCGUGAUACUCUCAAUCCCAACAGCCUUCGUGGGCAACUUUGCCGGUCUGCUGGUGCUUCGUUUCCUGCAGGGAUUCUUCGGCUCACCAUGUCUUGCAUCUGGCGGCGCUUCCAUCGGAGAUCUGUAUAGCCUAACGUCCCUGCCUUUCGCCAUGAUGGCCUGGGUUGCUGCAGCAUACUGUGGUCCCGCUCUCGGUCCCCUCCUCAGUGGCUUCUCCGUCCCCGUCGAAGGCUGGCGCUGGUCCCUCUUCGAAUCAAUCUGGGCAUCCGCCCCAGUCCUCGUCCUCAUGUUCCUGUUUCUCCCCGAAACAAGCACACCAACAAUCCUCCUCCGGCGCGCAGCCCGUCUCCGCAGAAUCCACAACGACAAACGUUUCAUGUCGCAGUCCGAAAUCGACCAGCGCCACAUGCGCGUCAGAGACGUAACCAUCAACGCCCUGAUCAAGCCCAUGGAAAUCACAAUCAAGGAUCCUGCCGUGCUCUUCGUCCAGGUCUACACAGCCAUCAUCUACGGCAUUUAUUACUCCUUCUUCGAGGUCUUCCCGCUAGUCUAUCCAGUCGACUACGGCAUGAACCUGGGCCAGAUCGGUCUAGUCUUCCUGUGUAUCCUGGUAUCCUGCCUUUUGGGAAUCGCCAUCUACGGAGGCUACAUCUAUUUCUGGGUGAAUCCCCGCAUCCGCCGCUUCGGCUUCCCCGUACAGGAAGACCGUCUGAUUCCUGCGUUGCCCGCUUCUUUUGGCCCUACCAUCGGUCUUUUCCUGUUUGCCUGGACGGCGCGGGCGUCUAUUCAUUGGAUCGUGCCAACGAUUGGUAUCACUAUCUACGGUGGUACGGUCUUUAUCGUCAUGCAGGCCAUCUUCAUCUAUAUCCCUCUCAGCUACCCCAUGUACGCGGCCAGUCUGUUUGCGGCAAAUGAUUUCUUCCGCAGUGCUCUGGCUUGCGGUAGUAUUCUCUUCGCCCACCCGCUGUUUGGGAAUUUGGGUGUUGACCGUGGUACGAGUCUGCUCGGUGGUCUGAGUGUUAUUGGUAUUAUUGGUAUCUGGUUGCUUUACUUCUAUGGUAGCAAGCUUCGCGCUAUGAGCAAGUUUGCUAUCUCAGAGCCGGCGGAAUGA